UGAAAUUUGGAUAACAUGCUACGUUAUAAUAUGUAAUGUACUUGUUGGCUUCUCAUGAAUGGCGCGACGCGAUCGGCAUCGCGGGGAACUUUAUACAGUGAAGUUUGAAAAACUAUGUUGAUCGCGUUUUCUCAUUGUAUGCUUCCCAUCUCCCGGACGUAAACAUUUUCAAAUUUAACAGCCGAUUGAAGGUAAAUUGUACAAUCUGUAAAGCAGUGAGUCCGCAUAUAAACCGCCUCCUUUGGGGCAAGUCCCCGCUUUAUUUUGUUGUGGCCCGCGACUGCAGUGUUCGGAGUGUAUCAAGGGCCAACGAUGGAGUUGAAUAAGAAAAAAAGUAAAGAUCAGAAGGAGUAUCCAUCUAAGAAAUUAAUGGAUUUCACGGAUGUCACUAUUCUCGAUACACCGCAACCUCAAGCCUCCUCGACGGUCGACCGGCGAUCCUUAUUGCAAGGAAAGCCGCGCAAGUCGUAUAUUGACGAACAAAACACUAAGCAUCGACAAUUAAAUUUUGAUCAUAGCAAUGUUACACGGUGUACUGAUGAGUCUUCAUUGGGCAUCAUUCAAAAUAUUUCAUCGUUAUUAAAUGACAACAGUCUUGACGAAUUGAAAAGUAAAAGGGAUUGUUUAGAACGUGAGCGUGAGCUUGCUCGUAAAGUAUUAAAGAAAUGUAGUGACUCUACAAAUGCAGUUUCAUCGAAACCUGACAAAGAAAAUAAUUUUAAUUCCUCUAAUAUGCAAAAGGUAACUAGCCUUUCUAAUUAUCUUUUUAAUAUGAAAAAUUCACAAUCUCAACAUCCUAAUAAAAUACAAAGUCAAAAACAAUCGGAUGAUAAUGAUAAUAAAUCAACAGGGACCACUAGUAUUAUCUUUGAGCCAACUGAGAUCACUGCUCGUUCUUCAGAAUUUAAUAAGGCGACUGAUAAGAGCGAAACGUUUCAACAGCAAAAUUUUAGCGGCAUCAGUUAUAAUAGUAAUGUAGCAGAAGUGAUGGCACAAUUUGGAGAUGAGGAAUUUAUGUCGGGUUCAAAAGUUGGUAAUCAAAUACUAGCUGAUGAAAUAUCUUGGAGAAAGAAUAAGCUUGCUUCCAUGCCAAUUAAUGCAAACGAUAAAGAACGCUUGGAUCUUUCUUGUUUCUCAGGAAUUAUAGGUGAUAUUGAUUUGACAUUAGAUGGCGGUAGAAUUUCUGUAGGUGAAUUUUUUAAAAGAAAAUGUGGUGGUACGGGCCACUUAUCGACUCCAAGUGUUUCCGAUAGACCAAGUUUUGGAUUUGAUAUAAAAAGUCCACAACGACAAGGGAAGUCACGACCACUAGUCGAUGAAACUAUAGUAACCGAAGGUGAUAAGGAAAGUAAUAGUGCAGAUUGUACUAAAGAACCGAGUACCAUAAGUCUGAGUGCUAUUGCUCAGAUUUUGCAGGAUGUAGACUCCGCAACUCCUCGAAAAUUAGUCGAUCAAAUUCUGGAUGCUAAUAAAAAAAAACGAAAACAAAAAAAAGUAAGUAAUAAGUGUGCUAGUGAUACGUAUACACUUUUAUCAACAAAUAGGGCGUCGCUACCAGUUUCUACAAAAACAACUCCUAUUAAAAACAAAUCCGAAAAGAAUAUAGUACAAAGUAAAAUUGGAAACAAAUUAUCCUUGGACAGUAAAAGUAUUGAGAUAGAUGAAAAAAAAUUGAAUAAAUUAUUAAGUCAAGCAAAUUUACUUGAUCCGAAAUUACGAAAGUUAUUAGAAAUGAGCGUUGAAGAUCUUUUAAAAGAUGAGACAUUGAUACCUAAGCACACUGAAAACAAAACUAUUGACCAAUUAUCUAAUCACAAUAAUCAACAAUCAGGAUUGAAUAUAAGUGUUCCACGUGCGGAAUCUUCUGCGAUGCCUCUGUCAAGGCAACUAUCGCAGUUGUCAAAUAGUCAAAAUAAUUUUAGUAAUUCCACUUCUAUCAAUAAUGAAUCGAGUUUAAUCCAUGAUAUAGGACCAUCAGACAUAAGUGAUCCGACAUUUAUCAAAAUUAAUUCAGAAUCAAAAGAGGAUAUUUUUACAGAUUCAUUAAUUAAGAAUCAAUCUUUUGACACAAGAAAAGUACAAAUAGGUAAAAAAACUCAAGAACUCUGUACUUGUUUAGUUGGUAUAUAUAAAGAAGCAGAUUUUGAAUUGUAUAAUGGAACUGAUCGGUGGAUUUUAUCCAGUUUAAAGCUUGACCAAAUCCAAGGGGAAAAAGAUAAUAUUAAUCUUGACUUACCUGUUAAUGAUAUUUUAAUUGAACCAGAUGCACAAAAGUCUUUUAAAAUUGGUGUAACAAUGCCUCGUAUGGGAAAAUUAACCAUUGCUUUUUUUCAUAUACCAUGUUGUGAUAUGGUAACUAGGACAAACUGGUAUAUGAAACAUUUAAUGUGCUUUGUACCAGAAGAACCAAAUAUCAAAAUAUCUGUACCUUCUGAAGAUAAUGUUUUAAAUUUUCAAAUGAUUACAGAAGACAAAUGUAAUAGCUUACCUAUUACUAUUGAAAAUCGAAAUACCAUAGAAGUACCUGUUUUAUUACGUUUAAGUCAACAUAAACCACAAUUAUUUACUUUCGGCGAUUGUUUUGAUGAUACCAUUUGCUCAGUAGCAAAUCAAAGGGAAGCGAUACAUUUCACACUUAAACCUAGACAACCAGUGAAAGUAAAUAUUGAUUUUAAAGGAAUGUCACUUCAGUCUUUUGGAGAAAAGGCUUUGCAAAAAGGUGUACAUAAUGCUGAGGCAAAGUUGACACUAUCAAUUUGUUUUAAAGAAAACGAAGAACAUUUUAUUAAAGAACUACCUUUAAUAGGCUCGAUUGGAUCUUGUAAACUUGACAUACUCGAUACUCAAUUUCCAUUAAUUCUUCAACCUAGAAUAGGUAAAAUAGUAAAUCUUAAAAAUUCAGGCAGUAUUAUGGUAUCAGCAUCUGCAGAUAUAGUGCAAUCAAAAGAAAAUCAACUAGAAUGUAGAGAUUUUUUUAUAUGUCCUAAUAAUAUUGUACUUAACGGAGGUGAAAAGUUAGCAUUACAAAUUUCUUAUAAACCCGAAAAUAAUAAGACUGAUAUUGAAAGGAAUGCUAUGAUCAGAAUUACAGUAGGAAAUAAGUUGUCUUUUUAUCCUAUUAUCGGAGAAAAAAUUAUGGAAAUCGAGCAAUUAUCUGCUGAUAGUUUCCAUCUACAACGUGCAGAAACUCCACAAUACUUAAGAUCCGUUAGUUCACCAACGUCUCCACACAGUCUAAUAUUUAACAGAUCCGGUACUUCGGGACGAAAUUCACCAGGGAGUACAGUAUCUGGUGGAAAUGCAUCUGAAACUGUUAUACCUAUACGAGCAACGCAUACAGCUGUUGUAUGGGGUAGUGUUAAAGCUGGAAAAUCGGAUACUAAACAACUCACCAUUCGCAAUACUAGUAAUAAUAAAAUUAAACUUUUUGUUACUAUUAAAACAAAGGAUCAAAGUUUUAAGUUUCUCAAAGACAGACAUACAGUAUCAUCUUCAAUGACAUUAACUCUUCAAGGUACAGAAAGUAGAACUCUGUCUGUUAUUUUUACACCAAACUUACCAAAAGCUGCUGCUGGAAAAAUAAUUUUUUCACAUUAUAGUUCUGUACGUGAAAGUCGUCAAGUUUCUGGCCUUGUAAAAGUAGUUCAAUUAUUUGGUUAUGGUGGGUGUGGAAAAAUUCAAAUAUCUCAAGCUGUAAAAGAUACCAGUGGUCAAAUGUGGCUGUCUCUUGGAAAAUUAAAUUCAGAAGGAAUUCUUCAUGCAAAAAUUAAAUUACAUAAUACAGGAGACUUAUCGUGUUUUGCGAAAGUGAAACUUAUUCCAAAAGCUUUGUACCCAUCCGUAUUAUCAAGUUGGCAUAUAGAGCCAACUGAAUUAUUACUAAGCCCAAAUCAAAUUCAAUGGGUCACAUUGGAUUUUCGUCCCAGGAAAGAUGAUCUUAUAAUAAUUCACCAAACGGGAGUUAUUCAUGUAGGAACGUUAAAAAUAACACAUGGUGAUGAACCAACUAGAUUACGAGUAAGAAGACUGUAUAAAAAAUUAAAAGAUAGCGGACAAUUUCAUGAUAAAAUAGACGAGAAUACUGAUGAAUUUAGAGAUGUUAUUCAGCCAAUAUGUAAAGCUUUCCCUGGAGAAGUAUUUACGCAAGAUUUGAAGUUAAUAGGCGAUUCAGUGCAAAAUCUGGGUGAUUUGUGUAAAGGAAUCAUUCAAAAUGAAAUCAAAUUAACGAUAGAAACGCAAGCUGAUGAAACGAUAUCUAUGCUUCAAGAUAAUAUGGAUGAUUCGCAGGCAUUUUAUUCAUUGUGUAGCGAUCACAACAGUGAAUCUCAUUUUGGAGCAGAAAGUUUUUUACCUACUAAUUGAAAUAAUGAAUUAGUGCCUUACAAAUAGAUUUAAACACUAAAAACAUUCUUGCCUUUUACAAGAUAUACCUGAAGUAUAAACAUAAAAUUGUAUAAAUAAACUAUUGC